AUGAAUCCGACGGCUGAAGGAGGUGUCAAGGGGCGGAGGAAGGCGUCAAACUCCAGAGGACACCCGAGAUUCGUCGGGGUUCGGCAACGGCCAUCGGGAAGAUGGGUGGCUGAAAUCAAAGAUUCCUUGCAAAAAGUACGAUUAUGGCUUGGAACUUUCGACACGGCGGAGGACGCUGCCCGGGCGUACGACGAUGCUGCCCGGUCAUUACGUGGAGCCAAUGCCCGUACCAAUUUUGAACUGCCCGAGACGGCGAACUCCCUCCGGUGUUUGCUGGAAAACGCGGAGCCGUUCUCGUUCGAGGAAGCCUGUCGAUUGGAUGACGCCGAUGAUGGGCUUUUAGGAGCUUUGAAGGCGAAAUUAUCCGGCGGGGGUAGCUCAAAGAACGCGGCGGAGAAGUGGAAAAAUUUAGGGUUACCGACGAUGCAACACCACAUCGGUGUAAAGAGGAAAACACCGCCCGCCGCCGUAGCUUCUACUUCCAGUGUUAUUACGAAUAUACCCCUCGUAAAUCAGAAACCCGAAGAUUUGGAAAGGGGGCAAUGGGAUAAUACAUGCUACGAGCCUCUGCCGCCAUCGGCAACCACCUCAUGGCCGCUGGAAAUCUCAUGGCCGGCGGCGAACGACCAAGUCGUGGACGUUUUUAGCAGUUUCCUCGACAACAACACAACGGAUUCUUUGUGGCCGCUUUCUACCGGAGCAGCCCAAGCAACUUUGGGAAUGACGGCUACCGGAGUUUGGCCGGAACAACCAGCGGUACAUUGUGACCAAAGUUGGGGAGGUGGUGUAAGUGGUGGCGGUGGUGGUGGAGUCCAAGGUGUCAAUGGUGCAAUCAAUGCCUCAAAUUGGGAUCCUUUUAUUUACAUUAACUCUUUUUAG